GCACGCUCUGUGCAGCGAGAAGGGGCUGCUCGCAACACUUUGCAUGCUGGGAAAUGAAGUCCAGUGUGCAGAUACCGGCACACUCUGCGCACGUCUUUCGACACCACAACUCCCACGAGCAUCCGCGGUGUGUGCUGGUUAAUGAGUUAAAGGGACUGCUCAGCGGAGGCUCCGGGGGAUCUAAGGGCUGCGGGGAACGGGUGGUCAGUGAAAUGUCCCUUGCCCAUACAAUCAAUGCCCGCUGAUGAUUUGCUGUGGAGCUCCCUGUUCUGACUGCUCGUCCCCCUCCCUUGACCCCCGGUUCCUCCUUACUAAUGACCGGCUGGAUUGUCCUUCCUAUCAGCCUGACUGCGUUCUCUAUCCCUGGAAUAUGGAUUGUGUACGCUAUGGCUGUAAUGAACCAUCACGUGUGUCCAGUGGAAAACUGGACAUACAAUCUGACGUGCUUCGAUGACAACAGCAAGCAGGGGACUCCCAAAUCUUGCUGUACCCUAGAGGAUGUUCCCCUCAUCAGCAAGUGUGGGACAUACCCUCCAGAGAGCUGUCUGUUUAGCCUGAUUGGAAAUGUGGGAGCUUUUAUGGUGGUGAUGAUCUGUUUACUGAGAUACAGUCAGGUGAUCGAGCUCAGCCACAGUUCCUGGCUGAACACAGUCGCCCUGAUUUCCGGAUGCACCAAUGCGGCAGGUCUUGUCAUGGUGGGCAACUUCCAGGUGGAUUAUGCCAAAUCUCUACAUUAUAUUGGGGCAGGAGUGGCGUUCCCAGCAGGAUUGCUGUUUGUAUGCCUACACUGCAUCCUCACCUACCAUUUGGCAAUUAGUGCUCUGGAUUACUGGGUGGGACACCUGCGUGUCAGCCUAACCGCUGUGGCCUUAAUAUCCCUUGUUCUGAGUGGAGUAUUUUUCAUCCAUGAAAGCUUCCUUCUCCAGCACUUGGCUGCCAUCUGUGAGUGGAUAUUCGUCCUAGACAUUUUGGUCUUCUAUGGCACCUUUGCGUAUGAGUUUGGUUCGGUCUCUAGUGACACACUAAUGGCAGCAUUGCAGAGCAGCGCAGCUCGCAGCUGCAAGUCUCCGGGAAGCAGCAGUACCUCCACCCACCUCAACUGUAACCCUGAACGAAUUGCCAUGAUUUAAGGGGUGCAAGAUGUACAGAUCAAGUCCUCCCUCUUCCUCUACACUCAGGACAAUUUUAACUUUUUUUUUUUUUUAUGUUUUUACCAAAUGUAAAAGAACAAAGCCAAUGUUUAUGAAUUUGCAGCCAGAGGGAGGUUGCAAUUUGUUAUCUGAUAGCUUAAGAUCACUAAACACCAAGUAUUCACUACAGUUUUUUGUUUUUCUGUCACAUGCAUUUUUAUGUCUAACACAUUUUAGGGUGUUUUGUUUUUUGAAAUUUGAAAUUUUUGUUUCCAGUUUAAGUGUGACUGGAUGGAGACACCUUGUGGUAAUUUUAGGAAACUGUUUUUUUUUUGUUGUUUUUUUAUAUAUAAUAUAUACUUGUAAGGGCAAGAUAAAAUGACAGUGUUAUCGAACCUCAUCUAAAUACAAUGGUGCCACACUAAAAAGUACAUCUGUACUCUUAUCCUGCCUCAUAUUAACUACAACACAGUGUAGAUUGACUUUGAGUGUAUUUACAUAAUUUCAGGAUUGGAUAAAUAUAACCCUCAACCAGCAGAUGGGAGUUGUGGAGGGUGAGCAACCCAAAUGUGGGCUGCAAUUUUUAAUAGUGCAAAGUAUCUAAAUGGUAGAUUCAACAUUCCAUGUGCAAAACGUUGCAAACAAAUAUACUGGCAUGUAUAAAUAUAUCUUGGCGUUUUUUAUAUUUUUGUAUGAAAUCGUAUACUUGUUCAAUCACUUUAAUACCAAAAGUAUUUUUUGUGAACCCAAAAUACGAAAACAUGUUAUGUAGAAACACAUAAUUAUAUCUGCUGUUUUGUAAUUUUGUAGUACUGCUUCAUUUAUUAUGCUAUUAUGCACUACUGUUGACAAACAGAAUUUAUCUGCAAUAACAUCCUGCUGCUGUACCCUAAAUCAACCACAAGGUGUCCAAAUAUAAGCCCUCAGUAAGUUUUGCUUACAUCACUCUUUUCAAGGUCAUGUCUCCACAAGCCUUAAAAUUUCUAUUAUGAAUAAUAUGUAUUUUUUUUUUCUUCUUCCCCCUCUUCCUGGAGAGUGACUGUUACUGCUUCAGAUGGGUGGAAAAUGUUCUUCCUGUAAGAAGCAAUGUUACAGGCUUCCUCACUGCCACUUAACACAUAAAGGAAAUCUUAAGUACAGCAAAUCCUGAAUUCCGGUUUCCUCUGUUUCCCAGGGGACCUCUCACAUUUGCAAAUGCAACUCUAAAAACAUCUGAGAGACUUUGGGAGAUCAUAAGUAUAUUUGUGAUUCCCUGGGCUUUGUUUUUAUUUAUUUUUAAAUUGUUAAUAAAAAGUACCAUUUUAGCACCA